AAAUGUGUCAAAAUGGUGGCGGAAGGCGUCAACCAGUGGCGUGCAUCAUGCCCUCCCAGAGAGAUAGGGCACAAUAAGCAUGAGAAAACAUGGUCUGGCUAGUUUAUUGCUAAAACUCAACAAGCUGGUGCCUCAUUUAAGUCAAGCCAACCAAAGCUCAAUGUCUCAAAUAAAAACAUUCGUUUUUGUGGACUUGGAGACCACCGGUUUGCCCCAUUUGGAGCACAACAAGACCCGAAUCACCGAAUUUUGUGCCGUGGCAGUUCGAGCAGACCACAUAGAGCUUGGGUGCUUCCCCCGAGUUCAUAAUAAAUUAUCAAUGUGUUUCAACCCAAUGAAGAUGAUUAGCCCCGAAGCCACCACCAUAACAGGACUUUCGAAUGAGUUAUUAGAGCAGCAGACGCGUUUUUCAAGUGAAACCGUGGACGUUAUAGGAAAAUGGCUAGAGAUGAAUCAAAAACCGAUUUGUUUGGUUGCACAUAACGGAAAUAAGUUUGAUUACCCCAUCUUGAGGGCGGAGGUCCAAAAAACGGGCAAUGAUCUCCCAGAGGAUAUCCUCUGUCUUGACUCACUUAUCGCAUUCAGGAACAUUGAUACUUUAGAGACACAAGUGGUAAAAGAGCCACCAAAAGAAGUACCUUUUCAGUUUAAUGACGAGUUUGAUGAAAUUUUAAACCAAGCCUUGGACGAGUACGAAAAACAAAGGAAACUCACACCUGAGGAAGUACAAAAAAUGAACGAAACGACGCCGAAAAAACAAACGAUUUGCACACAGAGUGGCAGUGGGGGCCCUGUGGAGGCAAGCAGACGUAACUUCAAUCGCAUCAAAGAAUUCUCUAGUUAUAAGUUGGAAGAUGUUUACAGAAGACUGACUUCGAAGGAACCGCUCAGGUCACAUGAGGCCGAAGGCGAUGUUGUGAUGCUAGUCACAUGUGCGGCGGUUUAUGGAGAAAAAUUCACCAAAUUUGCAAACGAAAAAUCGGUUAAAUUGACAGAAAUACCGGUCAUGAAGCCCGGCACAAAAAUCGGCUCGUAGUGAUUAAUUUUUUACAUUUUAUUUAUAUUAUGUGUAUUUUAGAGUGCCUUGAUUUUUACCAGAAAGAUUAUUGAUAUGUAAAUGUAGCAUUUUAUAGUUUUCACUUAUUUAUUAAUAUAAAGAUGAUGAAUAAAAAUAUUAUUAAAGAAUGGCACAAUU